GGCUCUUUUUAAUUUUCUUCUUAAAAAUUAUUUUAUAACAAUUUAUAACUUAAAAUUAAUUAGUGAUUAUACAAAAAUUCAUUAGGAAAAUGAAAUAUUCUUUAAAUUAUUUGAAACUAUUAAACUUUCGUUGCCGGAAUAGCACGAAUAUAAACAAAUUUAUUCGUUCCUAUAGCUCGGAUAUACCACAAUUAGAAGUAAAAUUUUCAAAUGGGAGAAAUUUAAAGAUGACAACGGGCAAAUAUGCCCGUUUUACCAAUGCCACUGCCGUUUGUGAAAUGGGUGAUACAGCCGUUAUGGUCACAGCCGUUUCGAAAGCCAAACCCACACCGGGUACUAAUUUUAUGCCUUUGGUGGUAGAUUAUAGACUAAAAAAUGCUGCUUCUGGUAGAAUACCUACAAAUUUUAUGCGUCGUGAAAUGGGUCCUUCGGAAAAGGAAAUUUUAUCAGCGCGUUUAAUAGAUCGUUCAGUGCGUGUCUUGUUUCCUUAUGAAUAUAGAACAGAAACACAAUUGGUAUGCAAUAUGUUAGCCAUGGAUGCUGUUUAUUCUCCAGAUGUGUUGGCCAUAAAUGCAGCAUCUCUGGCUUUGAGUAUGAGUGAUAUUCCAUGGAAUGGUCCAGUUGGGGCAGUGAGAUUAGGCCUUUGUGAUGGUGAAAUUAUUGUGAAUCCCACCAGACGUGAAUUGCAAUCCUCACAACUGGAUCUUGUUGUGACAGCCACUAAACAAAAUCUAGUGGUCAUGUUAGAGGGCAAAGGCAAUGUGGUAUUGCAACAAGAUCUCUUCAAAGCCAUAAAGCAAGGCACCAAAGAGGCUCAAAGCAUAAUUAAUGAAAUUGAUAAUGUACGCCGAACCUAUGGCAAGGAAAAACAAAGUUUACAAAAUCUACCCGUAACAAAUGAGGAAAUAACGGAUGCUGUACGCACCAUGAGUGAAAUGCGUUUGCGUGAAAUAUUCCAAGAUGAAAGACACGAUAAGUUAUCACGUGAUCAGGCUGUAAAUGAAGUGCGAAUAAAUGUUAUUGACAAAGUCUGGUCUAGUUAUCCGGAUACUGAACCCUCAGUGAUUGUAGAAGAAUUUAAUCGUUUGUGUAGAUUGCUGUUCAGGGAGUUGAUAUUUGAAACUGAUCUACGUUGUGAUGGUAGAGAUUAUGAUAGUCUGCGGAAUAUUACUUGUAAUGUGGAUUUAUAUAAACCAUUGCAUGGAUCGGCUUUGUUCCAAAGAGGUCAAACACAAGUUUUCUGUACAGUGGCUUUAGAUUCUCAGGAAUCCGCUAUGAAAUUGGAUACCUUAUCGGCUUUGGAAAGCGGUGUUAAGGCUAAAAACUUUAUGCUUCACUAUGAAUUCCCACCCUAUGCCACCGGUGAGGUAGGACGUGUCGGAGGUGUUGGUCGCCGUGAACUUGGUCAUGGAGCUUUGGCCGAGAAAGCUUUAUUACCCACACUGCCCAAUGAUUUCCCCUUUACCGUAAGACUAACGGCCGAGGUAUUAGAAUCAAAUGGUUCUAGUUCUAUGGCCACUGUAUGUGGUGGCUCUUUGGCACUCAUGGAUGCCGGCGUACCAGUAACAGCAAGAGCUGCCGGUGUUGCCAUUGGUUUGGUAACAAAAUAUGAAAACAAUGAUACAAAACACCUACAGGACUACCGCAUAUUGACUGAUAUUUUGGGUAUUGAAGAUUAUAUGGGCGAUAUGGAUAUGAAAGUGGCGGGUACCCGCAAAGGUUUCACAGCAAUACAAGCAGAUUUAAAAAUACCCGGUAUACCUUUGAAAGUUGUCAUGGAGUCUUUACAAAAAGCCACUGAUGCCAAAUCACGUAUAUUGGACAUAAUGUCAGAAGCCAUAGCAGAGCCGAGAAAAGUCAAAAAAGAUUGUUGGCCUGUGACGGAACGUUUGCAAAUUGAACCUCAACAGAGAGCACAGCUGAUAGGACCAAGUGGCAUUAAUUUGAGGAAAAUUUAUCUAGAAACAGGUUGCACUGCCACUACAGAAGAUGAAACCACAUUUACACUAUUUGCUCCCUCGCAAGCUGCCAUGGAUGAGGCCAAAGAAAUGUUUGAUGCUUUGCUGGUGACCAAAGAGAGAAUACCCAAUUUAGAAUUUGGUGGCAUAUAUUCCGCCACUAUAACCGAGGUUAGAGAUACGGGGGUAAUGGUGAUAUUAUACCAAGGCAUGCAUCCCGCACUAUUGCAUAAUUCUCAAUUGGAUCAACGAAAAGUGGCUCAUCCCUCGGCUUUAGGUUUAGAAGUGGGCCAAGAGAUACAAGUUAAGUACUUUGGCAGAGAUCCUGUAUCUGGCUUCAUGCGUUUGUCGCGUAAAGUUUUACAACCUACCUCGCGUAUUGUACGUCACCUUAAUAAGGGCUCCACAGAAACCGCCUCUAAAUUGGCCGAUCAUAGUGAAAGUCAAGAGGAACCACAACAACUGUCAAACGAAGAAAGUACAAAGACUCCAUCUUCAUAGUAAAAGUAACAAAUUUCAUAUCUAAUAUUAAACCAUAAUGAAAAAAUAAAAUAAAUUAGUUUAUAAAACGAACCUAAAGCAAAUGUAAUUGUUAAAUUAUUUUAAGUAUUGUUGUCUUUUUAAAAUAAUUUUUAGCUAGUUUCCUCGAUGUUAAAAA